CUUGUCCACACCUGGUCACACACCCACGCAAACAAAAUACGAGAUUUUUUCUCCCGGAAAAUGAGUCUUGAAAUGAGCAAUGUAAACGGAGGAACCGGCGCCCAGGGCUCCCGCGACAAACGUGAGUUGCUCUGUCUGCUAAAGCUCAUCAAGAAGUAUCAGCUGAAGAGCACGGAGGAGCUGCUCUGCCAGGAGGCGAAUGUGAGCAGUGCGGACUUGUCAGAGAUCAGCGAGAGCGAUGUGCAGAAGGUGCUUGGCGCUGCCUUGGGACUGGGCGAUAACGACCGGGAGCGGGAACGUGCUCCUGCCCCGCAGCACCCGCCAAAACAAUCGGCCGUGACCGAGGCCAAUGCGGCAGAGGCGCUGGCCAAGUUCAUCGGCGACGACAGCUUCGACGCCCAGCAGUACGAGCAGGCCUACCAGGAACUACGCACCUUCGUGGAGGACUCCCUGGACAUAUACAAGCAUGAGCUGUCCAUGGUGCUGUACCCCAUUCUAGUGCAGAUCUACUUUAAGAUGCUCGCCAGCGGCCUCAGGGACAAGGCAAAGGAAUUCAUCGAGAAGUACAAAUCUGAUCUCGACGGCUACUACAUCGAGGGUCUGUUCAGUCUACUGCUGCUGUCCAAGCCGGAGGAGCUGCUGGAUAACGAUCUGGUGUCCGCCAUGGAAACGGACCGGUUUGUCAUACGCAUGUCAAGGGACUCGCACUCGCUCUUCAAGCGCCACAUCCAGGAUCGCCGGCAGGAGGUGGUGGCCGACAUCGUGUCCAAGUACCUGCACUUCGAUACCUACGAGGGCAUGGCGCGCAACAAGCUGCAGUGCGUGGCCACGGCGGGCUCCCACGUCGGCGAGGCCAAGCGGCAGGACAAUAAGAUGCGGGUUUACUAUGGCCUGCUGAAGGAAGUUGACUUCCAGACGCUUACCACGCCAGCGCCUGCACCUGAGGAGGAGGACGACGACCCGGAUGCACCGGAUCGUCCAAAGAAGAAAAAACCGAAAAAGGAUCCGCUUCUAUCAAAAAAAUCCAAGUCGGAUCCAAAUGCCCCCUCAAUUGACAGGAUACCCCUGCCGGAACUCAAGGAUUCGGACAAGCUGCUAAAGCUGAAAGCACUGAGGGAAGCUAGCAAACGACUGGCGCUUAGCAAGGAUCAGCUGCCUUCCGCUGUCUUCUACACGGUUCUCAACUCCCAUCAGGGCGUAACUUGCGCCGAGAUCUCAGACGAUUCCACGAUGCUGGCCUGCGGAUUCGGGGACUCUAGUGUGAGGAUCUGGUCCCUGACGCCCGCCAAGCUGCGUGCCCUCAAGGAUGCUGAUGCGCUGAGGGAGCUGGACAAGGAGUCGGCCGAUAUCAAUGUGCGGAUGCUGGACGACCGAAGCGGAGAGACGACCAGGAGUUUUCUGGGCCACACCGGGCCAGUAUAUCGUUGCGCCUUUGCACCCGAGAUGAACCUGCUCCUGUCGUGCUCGGAGGACGGCACGAUACGACUGUGGUCCCUGCUCACCUGGUCCUGCGUGGUCACAUAUCGCGGCCACGUCUACCCGGUGUGGGAUGUGCGCUUUGCUCCGCAUGGCUACUACUUCGUCUCUUGCUCCUACGACAAAACUGCCCGCCUUUGGGCCACCGACUCCAACCAAGCUCUGCGCGUGUUUGUGGGCCAUCUGUCUGACGUAGACUGUGUGCAGUUCCAUCCGAAUUCCAACUACGUGGCCACUGGCUCCAGCGAUCGCACAGUGCGCUUGUGGGACAACAUGACCGGCCAGUCGGUGCGCCUGAUGACGGGCCACAAAGGACCGGUGAGUUCGCUGGCCUUCUCCGCAUGCGGCCGGUAUCUAGCCUCCGGUUCGGUGGACCACAACAUCAUCAUCUGGGACCUGUCGAGUGGAGCUCUGGUUACCACCCUGCUAAGACACACCAGCACCGUGUCCACGAUUACCUUCAGCCGGGAUGGCACGCUCCUGGCAGCCGCUGGCCUGGACAACAACCUUACGCUGUGGGACUUCCACAAGGUCACCGAGGACUACAUAAGCAAUCACAUUACGGUGUCGCACCACCAGGACGAGAACGACGAGGAUGUAUACCUGCUGCGCACAUUCCCCAGCAAGAACUCGCCGUUCGUCACUCUGCACUUCACGCGCCGCAAUCUGCUCAUGUGCGUCGGUCUCUUCAAGAGCUAGUCGGUACACGUAACGUAGAUGUAGAUGUAAGUAAUGCACGAAAUAUGUCUAGGAUAAAAGUCGUCGUUUCAUCAUUUUGUGUUUCUUCCACGCUCGGAAUGAAGUAGUGUCUUACCCACAUAAGAACCACAGUUUUCGAUUUUUUUAAGCUGCUCACGACCAUUCGGUUUUAAAGUUUAUAAUAAAGGUCAAUGCAAUGCCCCCUCUGGUGUUCCGCAUUGCUAAAUAAGA